AUGCACCCCUUCUCUAUCCUUACCCUUGCGAUAUUCGUAGCCGGCUACAUCACUGCGCGGUGGGAUCUGGUUACUCGGCUCUAUGAGCUUGCAAUCUUCGCCUGGGAUCACGGAGUUGUGACACGAACCGCCAAAGGAUUCGCUAUCCUCUCGAUUUUCUUCUUCCUGUUCAUAAUUCCAGUAGAGAGACUCGCUUCAAGGGAGACGGAAUUGCACCCGAGAUCUGGAAAUUCCGGGAUUUCAGCGCGAGAACAAUUGAGACGACGAGGAUCAUUCUAG